AUGGAUCCUCUAGUUGGGCUGUACUACCUUGCCCCUGCCUGCUGCUUGAUGAAUUUUCUCAUUGCCUUGUCUACCAACGAGGUCGCGAAUAUCUCAUGGCAUGCCGUGCAGGAUGUAGGCGCUGGCCUAUUAUUCCUCAACGCGCUAAUUGCGUUCAUGCUGAAUAUUUCCAGUGUUUAUCUGAUAGGACAGACAUCUGGCUUAGUAAUGACACUCGCCGGAAUUUUGAAGAAUAUCCUGCUUAUCAUUGUGUCAGUCAUGAUCUGGCGCACGCAAAUUACAGUUCUCCAGGCUGUAGGCUACACGAGUGCCCUUGCUGGCUUGAUAUACUAUUCGCUGGGGUACAAUCAGUUGCCCAGGGCAAGCCAAGCUGGUUCAGUAGGGACAUUCAGUUGGUGGAAAGGCACAUCAGCAUACAACGCUGGCUCCAUGCGUCUCAAAACACGACGGGCUAUUCUUGCGGCCUUGAUUAUCAUGACAGGACUUGUAGUUCUCUCGCCUAGAAUGUGGAGCUCUUAUAAGCAAGAUGAAAGAAUUAUGCAGGCUGUCAAGGAGUGA